GGGGGCUGUAAGCUGGACUCUGUCUCUACUAUCGCCAAUUGUCUAUGUAUAGACAUUGAACUCCAGGCGGACCUGUCGUCAUGUGUUCGUCUGAAAUGUUCUUUCGAGGACCAAAAGCGUGCUGCUCAAGUUGAGACAGACCUCUGUGCCACUUUCCCGAAGCCGUCAAGAAGAGAAGAAGCAAGAGCAGUGGCAAUAUCAUUAUCUAUCAUUGCCUUCACUGUUGUCGGACUUCGAUGCAUUUCACGAUACCUGGUUGACCACCGACUUUGGUGGGAUGAUUGGAUGAUCAUUGCAGCAACGAUCCUUCUCGCCGCAAUAACAGGCAUACAAAUUGCGGGAACCGGUCUAGGGUUCGGCUUGCACUACUGGCAUGUCGAACCUUGGGCAAGCACAAGACUCAUUCAGAUGUUCUAUAUCGGCGAACAACUUUAUAUCUUGGCCCAAAUUAUGGCUAAGAUCUCACUUCUGCUUUUCUUUUCGCGCAUAUUCUUCUCUUCUCGAUGGUUCUAUCUUACAACCCAACUCUUCAUUAUGUUCUUAAUUCUGCACGCGGCAAUAUUCCUCUUCCUUGUCAUUUUCGAGUGCACGCCAGUCACCUCAACCUGGAAUCUCGACGAUCCAUCUAGAAAAUGCAUGAAUAUUGUAGCAAUUGGCUACUCCGGUGCAGUAUUCAGCGUCAUUGAGGACAUUGCUAUCCUUAUUCUUCCAAUUCCAGAGCUUCUUCGACUUCAGCUCAGUACCAAGAAGAAACUCUGGCUCAGUCUGAUAUUUGGGCUAGGGUCAUUUGGAUGCGUCACCAGCAUGGUCAGAUUGAAAUUUCUGGUUCAUCUUUCCUUCACAUCUGAUGUUACCUGGGAUAACGUGGACGUCAUCAAUUGGUCUUUAGUUGAAGUCUCGUGUGCAAUUCUGUGUGCAAGCCUCCCUGCACUUCGGCCACUACUACGAUUUUUG